CUCGUGUCUACCUCAGGUGCUGACAAACCAACAUGGUGCGCAUUGUGGGAACGUGGCAAACAUCAUGGUGCACUGGGAAACGCACGUUGACUUCUGGCGAUAACCAUCAAAAAUUAAUAUGCAAAUACCAUGGAAAAUAUGGUAUUAUACGGAUUAUUCCGGGUAGUAGCUUUCAGUAAAUGAUUUUUGGCGCGACGAUCCACAAUUAUGAUGUCAGCGACGUCAUCAUCACAAAGUAAGCAAAACAAAAUGAACAUAACGAGUUUCUUUUCACGGGCAGUGAAUAUUUUCUAUAAAAGACCUUCGAUCCAUCUUAAGGAAGCAGAACUUCAAAUUCUUCAGAAAUUUUCAAGUACAUCGUGCAAGAGCCAGUUUAUACCAAUUUCGAAUCGUGUUGAGAUCAGAACUUUGAGAUUUGAUGCUGGGUUUUCAAGAUCUGCCCCGGUACUUGUUUUGUUGCAUGGGCUUUUUUCUGGCCUUGCCGUUUGGUCGCCGUGUUUUGAUUUGAUCUCGCAGCAUUGCAUUGUUUAUGCGCUUGACUUACCUGGGUUUGGACAGAGCACACGAACUCAGUUUCUUGGUGACAACAGAGAUAUCGAAUAUCAGUUUGUGAGUUACCUUGAAGAAUGGAGAGAUGCUGUUGGUCUCGACUCAUUCAUUCUAGCAGGCCACGGAUUUGGAGGUUAUAUUGCUACACUGUAUGCCACAAAAUAUCCUGAAUGUGUGAGGCAUCUUGUUCUAGUUGAACCAUGGGGGUUCACAGAGCUCCCAUUUGGAAUAGCCGGCAAAACGUCAGCAGUGAAUGAAGACAGUACAGCUGUUUCUUAUGAAAAGGGAAUUCCAUUCUCCAUAAAGAUACUUAAUUAUAUCAUCAAUUUUAUCAGCCCAAUUUUCUUGUUACGUUGCCUUCCCAAAAAGCUUGCAACCUGGUUUUGGAAAAAGGCUCUUGAUUUCACUGCCCCUGUUCUUGUCUCGACAACCAGCCAUGAAACAUGUAUCACAAAUUACCAUUACUACUGCAAUUAUUUACAAGCCAGUGGAGAAUAUGCCUUUCUGAAGUUAAAUCUUUUAUACUUUUGGGCAAAGGAGCCAAUAAUGUCACAAAUACAACAGCUGGACGAAAAUGUUGCCAUGUCCUUCAUCUAUGGAGCAAACUCACCAGUUGAUCACAAAACAGGUUUUGAAGUUUUUCAUCGUCGACCAUGUUCAUCAGUUGAGGUUUACAUGGUUCAAAAUGCAGGUCAUAAUGUGUUUAUGGAUGCUCCUGACCGAUUUUCAGACAUCAUUUUAAAUGUUGUUGAGGAUGAGAGGGAGAAAGACUUGUCUCACAAUGCAAUAUUGAAAGGCUGUGCAUCAGAGACUGAGACAGAAGAUCUCUACUGGGAUUGUGCUUGGGAAACCAUCAAUUUGAGCACUGCUAACCUAGAUUUAGUUGACAGAAAGUUGUCAGAUCAGUUUAUUGAUGACUGGUCAGACUUUGAGAUGGGGGAACAACAGUUUCACGAUGCUUGUUCUUUGGAAGGAAGUGAGGUGUUUAAUAAAUUAGAUUAGGUUCCUAUUAUUGUUGUAACGUUUGGUUUUUUGAAGUGUUUUAGGAAUCUCAUUUUUUGAAGAAGGAAUUUAGCUAUUAAAAAUACAUCUAAAUAUGACAUACAUGCAACUGAUGAUGACAAACAAUUAUCAAAUAUUUAACUUUAACCAAGUCCCACCAGUCUACAUAUUAUCCUUAAUUCAUACAAAACAUCAGUUGAAUACCUUUUUUGUAUUGUAAAGUUUGAAGAUAGUGGAAACACAACAGACUGAAAUACUUUUCCUCAUAUCCUGUCAAAAGAGUAUAAACAUCAGAUGUGGAACCACCAAAGAUAAGCAGAAAAUUUUUAUGGGGUCAUUCACAAAUUGGGUAUGUAAAAUUUUUCAUUUUUUAAACCCCCCCCCCUCUUGUACCCAGUCAUACUUCUUUGGCAACCACCACCCCUAUUGCACACAUAGUCUUUGUGUUGACCUCCCCCCCCCUUUUGCAAUUUCACAAUAAAAUACGGAUACCAGUCUGCCAAAUACAUUGCACAUAUGACUCUAUAUGAGGUAAAGUUUUGCACUGCAACACUGCAAAAACAGCGAUAAAAAAGAUGAUCAUAAAUGUUGACACUAAGGUCCAUAAUAAACAACCAUAAUUGUGGCGAAGAAUUUGUACCUAGUUUAAUGCCCACAUUGUGCAAAUGAUCAGCACCACACCCCAUGAUUAUAGCUUUAAACUGAUGAUAAAAAUCUUUUUGGAAAGGUGAUCUUAAAAACAUUUUGCAUGUAACUACAUCAGCCCCCUUCUCCCUUGUACGCAAACAUACCCUUUGUAACGAAGCCCCCUCCCCCUGUCCUGCAUACAGACUGUGAAUGGCCCCUUUUAACAUGAAUGCAUACAGCAUGAUAAAGAAAUUAGACCUCCUAGAUUGGUUAUUUUUUCCACCAGUUAGCAACUGGUAACCUUGCCCCUUGAAGUAAAAGAGUCCAAAAGGUGAAAACAAAUUCCUUCUAUCCAGACAAAUUUUUUUGAUCCUUUGUCCGACAUUUUCACUCUGAAGAGUGUUGAGGAAAAGUACUUCAGUAUGCUAUGGUGCGGCUAUUUUCUUGCAUUUUCAAACAUUAGUUAGUUGACAAGUAGAAGACAAUCUGUCUCAAUAAAUGCAUUUAUUAGUGAUCCUUAUGGAAUCAGCAGUAUAUUUCAAUAGUUAUUGGAAUGACCCUUUUAUUAAAUUCAGGAGAUUAAAACGAUUUUUUGGUAGAAAUAUUUACAAAUUAAGUACCUUGUAUUAUUAAUUCAUUUCAUCCAUUAGCUUCAGUUUAAUCUUUAUUGUGUAGCUAGACAAAUUAUAAUACAUUUUACAAAGUUCAUUCAUUUAUUUAUUAUCUUAGCUGUGCAUGUUGAGCUUUUAUUUACCUGAAAGUUGAGCUUAAAAUAAGCUAAGUUGCUUUUUAGAUAUUGCCUUUAAAUAGGAUUAGUUGUAGAAUGUAAGGUGUAGAGUGAGUAGAGUGUUAGUUCUUUAUAAUUAUAUUAUACAGGUUGUCAUUUUAAAUUUAAUCUAAUUCCUUUCAGUAAUUCAUAUUUUAUAACUUGAUGUUUUGGGAAUGUUGUGAUAAACAACUGUU